GGGCGCUCCCAUCACCGGCGUUAAAUUAUUAAGGUAUUUAUUCUUCGCAGCGCUAAAGAACGUCUUCUGCUAAUGCUUGCAGGAAAUCGACCCCAAGGCAUCCAGCCGCGCAAAGGCAGUUCUCGAAAGUACGUAACCAGGCACACCGAAUAUAAUCGCCUGUAUCCAAUUACACCGUCUCCACAAGAUCCGCCGGUACCUGUCCAGAGCAGAGGUCGCAAGCGUAAAGGAAGGGUACUGGCUAGAGGAGUAGGCCUGGCCGGAGGAGACCUCAACAACAGAUUUGUCACGGAUUAGGCCCAACGCGGUCUUGGCCUGCGGGAUGCGGGACGUCCCGGCCAAUCAUUUAAGGGUCCAACGGCCAAUCGUUGCGACAAGUGAAAGCGCUCCCGACGCUCCCUCUCGAGGAAGGGAGCACGGG